AUGUCUGAAAGAAACGCUGAACCGGAAGCCCUACGUCUAAGGACGUGUGUCCCAGCCCCCAACAAUAGAGCUGACUAUAGCCUUAGGACGUGUGUCCCAGCCCCCACAAUAGAGCUGAACUUAGGACGUGUGUCCCAGCCCCCAACAAUAGAGCUGACUAUAGUCUUAGGACGUGUGUCUCAGCCUCCAACAAUAGAGCUGACUAUAGCCUUAGGACGUGUGUCCCAGCCCCCAACAAUAGAGCUGACUAUAGUCUUAGGACGUGUGUCUCAGCCUCCAACAAUAGAGCUGACCUUAGGACGUGUGUCCCAGCCCCCAACAAUAGAGCUGACUAUAGCCUUAGGACGUGUGUCCCAGCCCCCAACAAUAGAGCUAACUAUAGCCUUAGGACGUGUGUCCCAGCCCCCAACAAUAGAGCUGACUAUAGUCUUAGGACGUGUGUCCCAGCCCCCAACAAUAGAGCUAACUAUAGCCUUAGGACGUGUGUCCCAGCCCCCAACAAUAGAGCUAACUAUAGCCUUAGGACGUGUGUCCCAGCUCCCAACAAUAGAGCUGACCUUAGGACGUGUGUCCCAGCCCCCAACAAUAGAGCUGACCUUAGGACGUGUGUCCCAGCCCCCAACAAUAGAGCUAACUAUAGCCUUAGGACGUGUGUCCCAGCCCCCAACAAUAGAGCUGACCUUAGGACGUGUGUCCCAGCCCCCAACAAUAGAGCUGACCUUAGGACGUGUGUCCCAGCCCCCAACAAUAGAGCUAACCUUAGGACGUGUGUCCCAGCCCCCAACAAUAGAGCUGACCUUAGGACGUGUGUCUCAGCCCCCAACAAUAGAGCUAACUAUAGUCUUAGAACGUGUGUCCCAGCCCCCAACAAUAGAGCUGACUAUAGGACGUGUGUCCCAGCCCCCAACAAUAGAGCUGACUAUAGUCUUAG